GAGAAAAUAAAAGCAAUCGAAGCUACUGGGACUGUACCUGCUAAAGCUAGCCGUACCGAUUCUCUUAGUCAGGUGCUCGGUCCUGAACAUCCGGGCCGUACUCGAACCAUGGGAGCUGGAGUUGCUCCUACACAGGUCUUUGGUUCUUCUUCGUGUCAUGGAAAUCAUUCAUCUUCUAGCAGCACAAGCUCUCUUUCUCCGGAGGAAGUGCUUCAGCAAGUGCAAACUCAGCUACGGGAAGAGAGGGCACACAGAAUGAAUGUAGAAGCUGUACUUGCUCAUGUUCUGUUCCAGACAGGAAUCAUUCUACCCCCGGAGCUUGCGUUGUCAAAUCAACCUCCAUACCAAAACCAAGCUUCUUCACAUUCCUCUACUCAUAAUGACAGCUAGGUAGUAGUUCGGGAUUUGAAGUUCAAGGGAUGAAGAUAUUUUGCAGCCACUUCACUUGCCGACUGUCGUUGUUAAUGGAAGUACUUUGUAGGAACAAUGAAUGGAUAGUACUUUGGCGAGUAUGUUUUGUGGCAACUUAAAAUGUAAUGGGUUUUCUAUCCCAAACAAUAGAUCUUCAACUCUAGCUUUAUGAUGAACCCUGAAACAUGUAAUCUAGAAGUACGGAAUGAUGUGCUUGUGAUGAAUGCAUCUACCCAGUUUCAGAACAGGUUCAGUUUCUUAUGCAC